AUGGCACUGCUAGGGCUUGAACCUGACCGCUCACCAGUACGGGGAGAGGACACUCCGCCAACAUCCUCGGCAACAAGCCCCCCAGAAACUGUUGGGGAUAUCGUUAAGCACGCGGCCAUUGGCAAUGGCGGCGGGCAAGAUAUUUCUUGGAAGGGUGUCCCUAGAGAAAAGGCAGGUGUGUCUUGCGUGGGAGGAAAAAGCACGAAAAGGUAUGCGAAUUACUACAAAGGGAACACUCUUCAACAGUUGCUGAACGCUACGGAGUACUUUGUUGGGGGUGUUGGCGAUCGCAGACGAAGGAGGCAACUGGUAAAGAAGGAAGAUCCAGAAGAGCCGUCCACCGGCAAACGCAAGCAGACUGCUAAACCACAAACGAGCGCGAAAAAGAUAUCGAAUAGAAAGUCCACCGAGCGAGAAAAGCAGAUCGAGGAGCAGAGCGAACCGAAACAGCAGAUCGAGAGCGCGGAGCAGAGCGGUGGUAGUCCCUGGUUCUUGAACCACGAGACGUCCGACGACGUGAAUAUUACGUGGAGCUUUUUUGACCCAGAGGCAAGUAACAAACGCAAGGAGCUCGAGCUCACCAGCGCAUACACGUUGGUGAAUGAUCGGCUGGACCGAUAUGUUAUGAAGAAUCCGCGCAUCAGGCCCCGCGAGGUGCAUCUUUUGUACCCGCUUUUUGACUAUCAAGAGAAAUACCUCCUGGCAGAAUGCAAGCUCAAUGCCUGGUUCAACCCCAUUGCAGAUAUUGCUCGAGUGAUGGAAUUGACCGCCAUGGUGUACAUGCCGGAAAAGGCUCGAAAGCUAGUGAUUGACUUCGAUAAUCCGCAAAACUGUUUAAUCAGGCGAUGGGACGAUGCUGUGAGCCGGCACGACGGCGACCAGCUAGUCCGACUCGUUGGGGAGUAUAACUCGCUGGUGAUGGAGCUCAGGAAUUCCGGCGAGAUGAUCCAACACAUUCGACAGCGCAAAACGUUCCCGCAACUGCUUGUGCACGAGAUCAUGAACCAGUGCUAUUUGCGGGGAGUUCUUCCUGACUACAGGAAGCUUAGGAGCUACAAGGCGUUUUCUAACUACGUAUACGGCGAACUGAUGCCGACGUUUCUGAGCAGAGCGUUCAAGCAGUGCAAUCUGUCGCACACCAAGGUUUUCAUUGAUCUGGGUUCCGGAGUCGGCAAUUGCACCAUCCAGGCAGCAUUGGAGCAUGGAUGUGAGAGCUACGGCGUCGAGAUCAUGGACCACGCAUCGCGACUGUGCAGGCUUCAGACCGAGGAGUUUGAGAAAAGAUGCGCCAUCUGGGGAGUGAAGCACGGGGCAAUGAAGUUUUUCCUUGGCGAGUCGUUUGUGGACAACGCGCCUGUCCAGCAGAUUAUCGACCGCAGCGACGUGAUUCUGGUGAAUAACUAUCUUUUCGACUCGGAGCUCUCGAAGAGAGUGGUCGAUCUGUUUUCAAAUCUCAGAGCAGGCACGCAGAUCAUCAGUCUCAAGCCGAUUGUGCCUCCAGGGUACACAAUCUCGUGGGGCCAUCCGGAAUCGAUCUUGAGCCGGAUGAGGUGCACAAGAUACACGUACGCGGAGAACGACGUGAGCUGGACGUCGAAAGGCGGGUUCUACUACAUCACACAGGUUUUGCCGCACAUCAACGAAGAGUAUCUCAAGGCGCUGCCUGCGAGGUCGCAGCGGACGCGCGGCAAGGAGCUGGUGCUGAACGCGUUCACCAACAACGUUUAA